CGCCUCCCGCCUCCCCUCGCCGGGGUCUCGCCAGCCCUUUCCUGUAGCGGCCGCCGCCUCUGCAGGAGCGCGUCCACCUCGGGUCACCAUGCCCAGCAAAACCAAGUACAACCUUGUGGACGAUGGGCACGACCUGCGGAUCCCCUUGCACAACGAGGACGCCUUCCAGCACGGCAUCUGCUUUGAGGCCAAGUACGUAGGAAGCCUGGAUGUGCCAAGGCCCAAUAGCAGGGUGGAGAUCGUGGCUGCCAUGCGCCGGAUACGGUAUGAGUUUAAAGCCAAGAAUAUCAAGAAGAAGAAAGUGAGCAUUAUGGUUUCAGUGGAUGGAGUGAAAGUCAUUCUGAAGAAGAAGAAAAAGCUUCUUUUAUUGCAGAAAAAGGAGUGGACCUGGGAUGAGAGCAAGAUGCUGGUGAUGCAGGACCCUAUCUACAGGAUCUUUUACGUUUCUCAUGAUUCCCAAGACUUGAAGAUCUUCAGCUACAUUGCUCGAGAUGGUGCCAGCAAUAUCUUCAGAUGUAACGUCUUCAAAUCGAAGAAGAAGAGCCAAGCUAUGCGAAUUGUCCGGACAGUGGGGCAAGCCUUUGAGGUCUGCCACAAGCUGAGCCUCCAGCACACGCACCAGAAUGCAGAUGGCCAGGAAGACGGGGAGAGCGAGAGGAACAGCAACAGCUCCGGGGACCCAGGCCGCCAGCUCACAGGAGCCGAGAGGGCCUCCACAGCCACUGCGGAGGAGACUGACAUCGACGCCGUAGAGGUCCCACUUCCAGGGAACGACAUCCUGGAGUUCAGCCGAGGGGUAACCGACCUUGACGCAGUUGGGGAUGAAGGAGGCUUCCACACAGAUGCUAAGGUUUCUCCCCACCCACAGGAGCCCAUGCUGACAGCCUCGCCCAGGAUGCUACUUCCCUCCUCUUCCUCGAAGCCACCAGGCUUGGGCUCUGGGACGCCACUGUCCACCCACCACCAGAUGCAACUCCUGCAGCAGCUCCUCCAGCAGCAGCAGCAGCAAACCCAAGUGGCUGUGGCCCAGCCUGGCCCUGCCCCCACUUCUGAUGGAGGAGCUGGAGUCCAGGUUCACUUGCUGAAGGACCAGUUGGCUGCGGAGGCUGCGGCGCGGCUAGAGGCCCAGGCUCGUGUGCACCAGCUCCUGCUGCAGAACAAGGACAUGCUCCAGCACAUCUCGCUGCUGGUCAAGCAGGUGCAGGAGCUGGAGUUGAAGCUGUCCGGACAGAAUGCCAUGGGCUCGCAGGACAGCUUGUUGGAGAUCACCUUCCGCUCCGGAGCCCUGCCUGUACUCUGCGACCCCACGACCCCCAAACCAGAGGACCUGCACUCACCACCACGGGGCGCGGGCCUGGCUGACUUUGCCCACCCAGUGGGCAGCCCCUUAGUUGACCACAGCAUGUUUGAGAAUCUGAACACAGCCCUCACGCCAAAGCUGCAGGCAAGCCGCUCCUUUCCCCACUUGUCCAGGCCUGCGGCCCCCAGCUCUGCCCCACCGGGGCCUGGGGAACCUGGUACGCCAGGACUCUGGGUGGGCAGCAGCCAGCACCUCAAGAACCUUGGCAAAGCCAUGGGGGCCAGAGUCAAUGACUUCCUGCGGAGGAAGGAGCCCUCAAGCCUUGGGGGUGCAGGGGUGAUGGAGAUCAACAAGACCGUGGGUGCCGAGCUGGCCAGUGGAGUUGACAUGGCAGCAGGGCCCUGGCUGGAGGAUGAGCGGCCUGCCCUGCAAGAAGCAUUCCCACGAUUGGACCCUCCGCCGCCCAUAACCAAGAAGCGAAUCCCUCGGGCCCUGAAGACGACCCAGGACAUGCUGAUUUCGUCGCAGCCUGUCCUGAGUAAUCUGGAGUAUGGGACAGAGCUGUCGCCCAGACAGCCCCAGGACUCCCCACCCACUGCACUUUCUCCCAGAGAGCCCAUCACCGACGACGCGCCCCUGCCACAGGCCACCUCGGAAAUGGCGGAGGAAGUCGAGGCCCUGCCCAAUGGAGAGGUCUCCCUGUCGGUGCCUGACCUAAUCCACAAGGAUAGCCAGGGCGAAGCCAAGCUGAGGAUGGCCGAGCGGGAGCGGAGAAGAGCCUCCUCCCCUGGCCUCAUGGAGAGAAACGGUCUCAAACUCAGCCUGAGCCCCAUCAGCCUGGCCGAGCCCCUGGAGGACUGCAGUCCCCCUCCUCGGGCACGGACCUCCAGCCUUGACAACGAAGGCCCUCACCCAGACCUGCUGUCCUUCGAGUAGAGCCUGUUCUCCUUCCUGCUGCACGCCACACCCCUCACUGCCUCCGCUUCCUUCUCCACUGUGCACACCGCCCUUCCUCCACUCCCAUGGGCCCUUGCUCCUCCUGGCAGAGCUGGGUCUCCCAUCAUGGGAGGUGCAGGACCAGGGUCCUAGUUGCUGAGCCAGUCUGCAGAGCCGGGCUCAAGGGCCAUCCCUGAUCGCCAUCUUCUGUUGGCUUCUCUGGGUGCUGGCUCAGCCCUUGGGUACCAGAGUGUGUCCUGGUUUCCAGGUGGAUGGCAGGAGCUCCAGCCCAAGAUGAUGGGCCUUGUGGGCAUUCUCUCGGCCUGUCUUCCCCCAUGCUGCCUACUCCCCUGCCCUCCAGGUGGGGGGCUCUGGGCUCCCUGCCUGGGAGGAAUCCAGCUGAAUGAGGAAUGAUGGGCUGGCAGGUUAGGCUCAAUGAUGGUCCCUGGCCUGAAAGCCAUACCGCUGACCCUGACUGAGCCCAGGUACAGUGCCUCCGUUCCAACUGCAGCCUGGGCCCUCAGGGCUCAAUCUGCCUCUCACGGGAGGGGGCCAUGUGGAGGGGAGGUGUGUGUGUUGGGGCAGUUCAGAGGAGAUGCUUUCCAGACCUGAGACACAGAGGUCUAACACCAGGUUCUCCAGGGUUCCCCUCUGGUUAGAUACAGCGAGCGCUCCCUGGGAGCCAAGCACAGAGCCUGCUGCUGAGGUACUGCCAGCUGUCCUCCAGCCCCCUGCCCAGCUGCCAAGCCCCAGGCUGCUAGCCCCGCCGCCCCCCGCAGCAGGCGAGCUCUGGCUUUGCAGUGAGGACCCAGGAACUCCCGAGCUGGUUUGGCCUUGAGGCUGGUCCUAUUAGAGCCCAGAGCAGAAGUAGUAGAUGAAGAAGGGGAGACAGGGUGCGAGAAGAUCAGCCAAAUGCCUGCAAGGACACAAUCCCAAGGGCCGGGCAUGCCAGCGUGAGGUGAGUCCGAGGGAGGUCAGCAGUGUCUGGCCUGUGGAAAGAAGUGAGGCGGCCAUCCACUUUUAAUUAAGUAGAAGGGGCUUUGCUGUGUGUCGUCCCCCCACCGCCACCACUCCCAAACCCUUGCCUCCCCAGAAGAGCCUUUGCUGGACCCUGAUGCCCUGUCUGCUCCUGCUCUCGGGAGGCUCCUCUGCCUCACCGGUGGCUGCCCUCCUGGGUCAGUGCAGUUUGUGUUCCUGUCUCCCAGCAGGUGUGCUGUCUUGCUGCUUUCUUGUGGCCCAGAGACCCUGUAAACGGGGGACCCCCAGCCUGGGGGCCUUUGCAGAGAGAAGAGCAUCACGUUCUUGAAAGCCAGGCAGCGUGGACCUGAUCAGGACUGGCCAUGUGGCAUCCUGCCUCCUCUUUCCCAAUCAUCCUCGACUUGCUUACCCAAGACGCCAGAGCUCACCUCCCGGUUCAUCAUACCUCUUUCAGCUGGGGGGCCAGAGGUGCUAUGCUGCCUCCAGGCCACAUGGAAUGUGGCUCACUCCAUAUCGGGGAGUGGGGAGCGGCAGGGGUUCCGCUAGUGUGUGGGCUGCCCUACGGGAGCUCUUGCUGCUGCAGCUGUGUGACCUGCCUUCCCACCCCGUUUUCUGUUGUGUCUUCCUUUCCCUCGGAGCGAUGCUCCACCUAGGGCGUACAGCACACCUGGCCUCACCUUCCCCAGCAGGGUCCAUCCUCCUGCGGCUGAAGCCAUCGGGGUGUCACUGGGGGUGGGAGUUCUGCUUGGCUCCAACAACAUCACAGGGUGCGCUACAUGCCUCUCAUGGUCAGAGGAGUGCUCCGGCCUAGUGUCUUGGGUCCUGUGUUUUUUUCCCACAAUGGUUUGGGGUUUUCACACUAAACAUAUAGAUAGAGGUGGGAUCUUAUUCUUACCUGCUUACAAGUGGGCCCACCCUGCACAACAGAACAAAACGAUGCCCCAUCCUGUGCCCCCCUCCUGUUAGGUUGCCAGUUGGGCAUGUACAUACCCGUCUUGGGAACAAGUCCAUCUGAGCCGUGCUUCUCAUGCCAAACGUUCUCUCACUACUUUGAUGGGAAGCAUGCCAGGCUCCAGUGCCAGGUUCGGACGUUGCAGGUCUGCACCACUUAAAGCACCCUGCUCUCCGCUCCACACCCAGCCUCCACCCUGGCCCUCAGACACAGCAUCACAGAGGGGUCCUUCCAGGUAUCCUGGGACCACUGUCAGGGUGACUGCAGAGCUCAUUAGCAUCUGAUACCCAACACGAAACUUUGGGGCCCUGCUCGGUCUGGCCCCUCUGACCUCUGCACCGUGGCUCCCUCCUGUACAACAGGGGCUAUGCUGCUACCUUGGGGGCUCUCUGGGCUGGAACUUGUUCCCGGAUGCUGUAGCUAUGACUGGUGCUAGGGGCUAAGUUGCACCCAGAGCCCAGCAGGUGCAACUACUUUAAAUUCUUCCUGCCUGUGGUCUGGGCUCAGACCAACCCUCCUCUGCAAAGCCCCACUGCUGGUCUCUGUCCACCUCGGCAGCCUGACCUCCCUGUUGGCAGUUUGACAGUCACCCAUACAGUGCCCUGGUAGUCUGGCUUCUCCAAGCAGUGCCUUCAAGCAGCCCAGUCCCCACAAGGGUUGGGUGAUGAGGAAUGAAGAACCAAUCUGUCUCCACCUAAGGAAGCUGGGGCCACAGAAUCCCGUCUCUGUUAUUCCCCCAGCCUCCCUUCCCCUGUAUUCAGCACAGAGCUUUACCCUGAAAGACCACAUGGUGAGCCUCUAGACCCUGGCAGGGGGAUGGUGUAUUCCCUGCCCAGAGGGGAAUGCAUCUGUGGAUGUGUCAUAUAUGUGGACGGUAUGAAGACAGACAUGCAAUCCACUGAUUACUGGAGAACAAGGAGUUGGUCCUAGGUGGGUGGAGGAAGAAGAUUACCAAUGGUUUUGGAGAAUUUCAUAGAGAUUUUAUAUUUAUAUGUUUAGUAAUCCUCUGGUAGAAGGAAGCUGCACAAUAAAAGUUAUUUGGUUUGC